UGUCCCUUUGCUAAGUUCUCAGUUCGCUACCGACUACAUUUCACCAGCUAGACACGCAACACUGAUACGUAUCCUGAACGUUAGCAACCACUGAAUACUGUCUACACAAGACGAAAAAGCUACAGGCACUACUGUACCUCUUGCACGACUGGGCACUGACUCAACUGCAAGCAAUCUGUCCUUUGACUUCACCAUGAAAUCUACCAACUCCCCCAAGCCGGCUUCACCUUAUCGUCGUCGCAGGAUCCUUUGGUUCUUGAUCCUUGCCACAGCGGGUGCUCUCUUCUACAUCAGUACUCACUCGGACAGUAUAUCCUGGUCCUUGCCCUCCAGCCUGAAAGACGUCGGCUUCUCUCCUUCGAGUUCUCGUGUCAGCAAGGUAGCUGAAGCCAAGGCCCAGGCUCAAGCUGAAGCUGCACAGAGACGAAUCAGAGUACAGGAGAUUCAUGGGCUGUUGCACUUCGUGACAGCAUAUCCUGAUAAGCGAUUGGACGAGGAGGAUGGCUCAAUCGCAGUUGCUGGCCUGGGACUUGUCAAGGUCAAUCCUGAAGAGAAAAUUGACCUCAGAGUCUUCUCUCCUGACGGCGACGACAACUGGGAAAAACAUCUCAAGACGUUACGCACUGAACACCCACUAAUAGUCUUCAGUAAGACCUAUUGCCCGUUCUCGCGCAGUGCAAAGAAAUUGCUGGAAAGCUAUCAGAUAUCACCUGCACCUACCAUAGUAGAACUCGACACCCGUUCCGAUGGACAAGUCAUUCAGAGUCUCCUAGGCAGGCUCACAGGUCGGAGGACAGUACCAAAUAUUCUAGUGCAGGCGGACUCCAUUGGCGGGUCUGACGAUAUCCAUGAAAUGCAUGAUGAGCAUAAGUUGAAGACACUCUUGGAGGAGGCAGGUCUGGAAAUUCAUGGAAUUUGAGAAACGAGGAUUUGGCCUCUUGUAUAGUUUUUGAUGUUGUACCAUUAGCUCUUCGUCCUACGAACGGAUGAUAUACUACUACUGUAUUACGAU